AUGCAGCUGCUGGGGCUCCUCUGCCUCCUCUGGAUGCUCAAGGCCUCCCCAGGGGCCACAGGAACUGUAUCUACGGCCACAUCCAUCUCUCACAUACGUUUCCCCAGGGCGGAAGCAGUCCGCGCUGUGCUCAGCAAUUCUCCACACUCCAGAGACCUGGCUGGGCGGCCACUCGGUGUCCCCCAGCUCGCCUCGCCUGCUCCUGGCCACAGGGAAAAUGAACCUAUGAUGCUCGUUACCUCUCCCCAUGACACACUCAUCUCUGAAACACUGCUCACCUCUCCAGUCAGUUCCAACACCUCAACCACCCCGAUGUCCAAGUUUGCUUUCAGGGUUGAAACCACUCCACCCACUGUAUUGGUCUAUUCGGCCACCACUGAGUGCGUGUAUCCAACGAGCUUUACAAUCACCAUCUCCCACCCCACCUCCAUCUGUGUGACCACGACACAGGUGGCCUUCACCAGCUCUUACACCCCCACUCCCGUGACACAGAAGCCAGUGACCACUGUCACCAGGACUUACCCUAUGACCACUACCGAGAAAGGAACAUCAGCCGUGACAUCUCCCUCUACCACCACUGCAAGGGAAACUCCCAUAGUGACAGUGACACCCUCCUCCUCUGUGUCAGCCACAGACACAACCUUCCACACUACGGUCUUCUCUACAAUUAGAACCACAGAAAGGAUUCCCUGGCCCACUGGAAUUGUCCAUACGACCAAGUCCCCAGCCCCAGUAUUUACUACUCUCAAAACAGCAGUGACUUCCACUUCCCACAUCACUUCUUCAGUCACUUCCACAGAUACAGUGACUUCUAUGACAAAGACCACCUCCUGGCCCACAGCCACUAAUACACUGUCAUCACCCACCAGUACCAUUUUAUCCUCCACACCUGUCCUGAGCACAGAAAAAAUCACCAGCGGUAUCACAAACACCACUCCUCUAUCUACCUUGGUGACCACACUCCCCACUACCAUCACCAGGUCUACACCUACAUCUGAGCCCACCUACCCUACUUCUCCCACCAGCACUGUGAUAGACUCUACAACCAAAAUCACCUGCUCCACAAGUAUGACAGGUACAUUGUCCAUGGAGACUUCUCUCCCACCCACCUCUUCCUCUCUCCCAACCACAGAAACAGCCACAACUCCUAUGACAAACUUGGUAAUCACCACCCCUGAGAUCACCUCCCACAGUACUCCCACCUUCUCUUCUUCAGUCAUCUACUCUACAGUCAGCACAUCCACAACUGCCAUCUCCUCACUUCCCCCUACCUCAGGUACCAUAGUGACUUCCACAACCAUGACCCCAACUUCUCUGACUACAGACAUCCCUUCGACAACACCAACGACUAUCACCCACCCUUCUGUGGGCUCCACUGGCUUCCCGACUACAGGAACAGACCUCACAUCAACAUUCACUGAUUCCAGUUCCUCAGCAAUGUCCACAAGUGUCAUUCCAUCUUCCCCCAGCAUCCAGAACACAGAAACCUCAUCCCUUGUCAGCAUGACCUCUGUCACCACUCCCAGCGAGACACCAACUCUCACAGGUACUGACAGCACUCCGACAAGUUCCCUCCUGACGACCUUCCCAAGUACAUAUUCAUUUUCCUCUUCCAUGUCUUCCAGCAGUGCCGGGACCACUCACACAGAGACUAUUUCCUCACCUCCAGCCAGCACCAGUACACUCCACACAACAGCUGAAUCCACCCUGUCACCCACUGCCACCACCUCACUCACCACAUCCACAACGAUGGAACCACCUUCAACCACUGUAGCAACUACAGGCACAGGCCAGACCACCUUCCCCAGCUCUACAGCCACAUUCCCUGAGACCACCACACUGACUCCUACAACUGAUAUGUCCACAGAAUCUCUCACAACAGCUGUGACUUCUCCUCCCAUUACUUCAUCAGUCACUUCCACAAAUACAGUGACUUCUGUGACAACUACAACCUCUCCUCUCAAAACCACAAAUUAUUUUACAUCACUGACCAGUAUGACUCUGUCUUCUACACCUGUCCCAAGCACAGAAGCAAUCACCAGUGGCACCACAAACACAAUCCCUCCAUCUAUCUUGGUGACCACACUCCCCACUACAAAUGUCUCAUCUAUGACUACAUCUGAGACCACGUAUCCUAAUUCUCCGAGUGGCCCUGGUACAAACUCCACGACUGAAAUCACCUAUCCCACCACUAUGACAGAGACAUCAUCCACUGCCACCUCUAUUCCACCCACUUCUCCCUUGGUCUCAACCGCAGAAACAGCCAAAAGUCCUACCACAAACUUGGUAACCACCACCACCACCACCACCAAGACCACCUCACAUAGUACCUCCAGCUUCACUUCUUCAAGCAUCUACUCCACAGCCAGCAGAUACACAACUGCCAUCACCUCGGAUCCCACAACCUUGGGUACCAUGAUGACUUCUACAUCCAUGAUCCCAUCUACUCUGAGUACAGGUAUCCCUACCUCACAACCAACAACCAUCACUCCUUCAUCUGUGGGCAUCACUAGUUCAUUACCUAUGAUGACAGACCUCACCUCAGUGUACACAGUCUCCAGCAUGUCUGCAAGGCCAACAACUGUCAUUUCCUCGUCUCCCACUCUCCAGAAUACAGAAACCUCAUCCUUUGUCAGCAUGACCUCUGCCACCACUCCCAGUGGGAGGCCAACUUUUGCCAGUACUCACAGCACCCCGACAAGGUCUCUGCUGACAACCUUCCCAGGGACAUAUUCAUUUUUGUCUUCCAUGUCUGCCAGCAGUGCUGGGACCACUCACACAGAGAGUAUCUCCUCACCUCCAGCCAUCACCAGUGCACUCCACACAACGGCUGAAUCCACCCCAUCACCCACUACCACCACCUCAUUCACCACAUCCACAAUGAUGGAACCACCUUCAACCACUGGAGCAACUACAGGCACAGGUCAGACCACCUUCCCCAGCUCUACAGCCACAUUCCCUGAGACCACCACACUGACUCCCCCAAUUGACAUUUCUACAGAAUCUCUAACAACAGCCAUGACUUCUCCUCCCUCCAUCAGUUCUUCAAUCACUCCCACCAAUAUAGUGACUUCUAUGACAACUACGACCUCUUGGCCCACAACCACUAAUACGUUGUCAUCACUCACCAGUAGCAUUUUAUCUUCUCCACUUGUGCCAAGCACAGAAAUGAUCACCAGUCAUAACACCAACACCACCCCUCUAUCCACCUUGGUGACCACACUCCCCACUACAAAUGUCUCGUCUAUGACUACAUCUGAGACCACCUAUCCUAAUUCUCCGAGUGGCCCUGGUACAAACUCCACGACUGAAAUCACCUAUCCCACCACUAUGACAGAGACAUCAUCCACUGCCACCUCUAUUCCACCCACUUCUCCCUUGGUCUCAACUGCAGAAACAGCCAAAAGUCCUACCACAAACUUGGUAACCACCACCCCCGAUACCACCUCCCACAGUACCCGCAGCUUCACUUCUUCAGCCAUUUACUCCACAGUCAGCACAUCCACAACUGCCAUCUCCUCAGCUUCCCCUACCUCAGGUACCAUAGUGACUUCCACAACCAUGACCCCAUCUUCUCUGACUACAGACAUCCCUUCGACAACACCAACGACUAUCACCCACCCUUCUGUGGGCUCUACUGGCUUCCCGACUACAGGAACAGACCUCACAUCAACAUUCACUGAUUCCAGUUCCUCAGCAAUGUCCACAAGUGUCAUUCCAUCCUCCCCCAGCAUCCAGAACACAGAAACCUCAUCCCUUGUCAGCAUGACCUCUGUCACCACUCCCAGCGAGACACCAACUCUCACAGGUACUGACAGCACUCCGACAGGUUCCCUCCUGACGACCUUCCCAAGUACAUAUUCAUUUUCCUCUUCCAUGUCUUCCAGCAGUGCCGGGACCACUCACACAGAGACUAUUUCCUCACCUCCAGCCAGCACCAGUACACUCCACACAACAGCUGAAUCCACCCUGUCACCCACUGCCACCACCUCACUCACCACAUCCACAACGAUGGAACCACCUUCAACCACUGUAGCAACUACCGGCACAGGCCAGGCCACCUUCCCCAGCUCUACAGCCACAUUCCCUGAGACCACCACACUGACUCCUACAACUGACAUGUCCACAGAAUCUCUCACAACAGCUGUGACUUCUCCUCCCAUUACUUCAUCAGUCACUUCCACAAAUACAGUGACUUCUGUGACAACUACAACCUCUCCUCUCAAAACCACAAAUUAUUUUACAUCACUGACCAGUAUGACUCUGUCUUCUACACCUGUCCCAAGCACAGAAGCAAUCACCAGUGGCACCACAAACACAAUUCCUCCAUCUAUCUUGGUGACCACACUCCCCACUACAAAUGUCUCAUCUAUGACUACAUCUGAGACCACGUAUCCUAAUUCUCCGAGUGGCCCUGGUACAAACUCCACGACUGAAAUCACCUAUCCCACCACUAUGACAGAGACAUCAUCCACUGCCACCUCUAUUCCACCCACUUCUCCCUUGGUCUCAACCGCAGAAACAGCCAAAAGUCCUACCACAAACUUGGUAACCACCACCACCACCACCACCAAGACCACCUCACAUAGUACCUCCAGCUUCACUUCUUCAAGCAUCUACUCCACAGCCAGCAGAUACACAACUGCCAUCACCUCAGUUCCCACAACCAUGGGUACCAUGAUGACUUCUACAUCCAUGAUCCCAUCUACUAUGAGUACAGGUAUCCCUACCUCACAACCAACAACCAUCACUCCUUCAUCUGUGGGCAUAACUAGUUCAUUACCUAUGAUGACAGACCUCACCUCAGUGUACACAGUCUCCAGCAUGUCUGCAAGGCCAACAACUGUCAUUCCCUCAUCUCCCACUGUCCAGAAUACAGAAACCUCAUCCUUUGUUAGCAUGACCUCUGCCACCACUCCCAGUGGGAGGCCAACUUUUGCCAGUACACACAGCACUCCGACAAGGUCCCUCUUGACAACCUUCCCAGGGACAUAUUCAUUUUUGUCUUCCAUGCCUGCCAGCAGUGCUGGGACCACUCACAGAGAGAGUAUCUCCUCACCUCCAGCCAUCACCAGUGCACUCCACACAACGGCUGAAUCCAUCCCAUCACCCACUACCACCACCUCAUUCACCACAUCCACAAUGAUGGAACCACCUUCAACCACUGGAGCAACUACAGGCACAGGUCAGACCACCUUCCCCAGCUCUACAGCCACAUUCCCUGAGACCACCACACUGACUCCUGCAAUUGACAUUUCUACAGAGUCUCUAACAACAGCCAUGACUUCUCCUCCCCCCAUCAGUUCUUCAAUCACUCCCACCAAUACAGUGACUUCUAUGACAACUACGACCUCUUGGCCCACAGCCACUAUUACGUUAUCAUCACUCACCAGUAGCAUUUUAUCUUCUCCACCUGUCCCAAGCACAGAAAUGAUCACCAGUCAUAACACCAACACCACCCCUCUAUCCACCUUGUUGACUACUUUCCCCAAUACAAAUGUCUCAUCUAUGACUACAUCUGAGACCACGUAUCCUAAUUCUCCGAGUGGCCCUGGUACAAACUCCACGACUGAAAUCACCUAUCCCACCACUAUGACAGAGACAUCAUCCACUGCCACCUCUAUUCCACCCACUUCUCCCUUGGUCUCAACCGCAGAAACAGCCAAAAGUCCUACCACAAACUUGGUAACCACCACCACCACCACCACCAAGACCACCUCACAUAGUACCUCCAGCUUCACUUCUUCAAUGACUUCUGUGACAACUACAACCUCUCCUCUCAAAACCACAAAUUAUUUUACAUCACUGACCAGUAUGACUCUGUCUUCUACACCUGUCCCAAGCACAGAAGCAAUCACCAGUGGCACCACAAACACAAUCCCUCCAUCUAUCUUGGUGACCACACUCCCCACUACAAAUGUCUCAUCUAUGACUACAUCUGAGACCACGUAUCCUAAUUCUCCGAGUGGCCCUGGUACAAACUCCACGACUGAAAUCACCUAUCCCACCACUAUGACAGAGACAUCAUCCACUGCCACCUCUAUUCCACCCACUUCUCCUUUGGUCUCAACCGCAGAAACAGCCAAAAGUCCUACCACAAACUUGGUAACCACCACCACCACGACCAAGACCACCUCACAUAGUACCUCCAGCUUCACUUCUUCAAGCAUCUACUCCACAGCCAGCAGAUACACAACUGCCAUCACCUCAGUUCACACAACCAUGGACCUCACCUCAGUGUACACAGUCUCCAGCAUGUCUUUCUUCAAUCACUCCCACCAAUACAGUGACUUCUGUGACAACUACGACCUCUUGGCCCACAGCCACUAUUACGUUAUCAUCACUCACCAUCAGCACAUCCACAACUGCCAUCUCCUCAGCUUCCCUUACCUCAGGUACCAUAGUGACUUCCACAACCAUGACCCCAUCUUCUCUGACUACAGACAUCCCUUCGACAACACCAACGACUAUCACCCACCCUUCUUCCACAGAAUCUCUCACAACAGCUGUGACUUCUCCUCCCAUUACUUCAUCAGUCACUUCCACAAAUACAGUGACUUCUGUGACAACUACAACCUCUCCUCUCACAACCACAAAUUAUUUUACAUCACUGACCACCAGCAGAUACACAACUGCCAUCACCUCAGUUCCCACAACCUUGGGUACCAUGAUGACUUCUACAUCCAUGAUCCCAUCUACUCUGAGUACAGCACAGAAAUGAUCACCAGUCAUAACACCAACACCACCCCUCUAUCCACCUUGUUGACUACUUUCCCCACCACCACCCCCGAUACCACCUCCCACAGUACCCGCAGCUUCACUUCUUCAGCCAUUUACUCCACAACCACCUCACACAGUACUCCUAGCUUCACUUCUUCAAUCACAAGCACCGAGACCGCCUCACACAGUACUCCUAGCUUCACUUCUCCAAUCAUGACCACUGAGACCCCCUCACAGAAUACUCCUAGCUUCACUUCUUCAAUCACCAUCAUGGAAACCACAUCAUACAGUACUCCCAACUUCACUUCUUCAGUCACCACCAGUGAGAGCCCCUCACACAGUAUUCCCAGCUUCACUUCUUCAAUCACCACCACCGAGACCCCCUCACACAGUACUCCCAGCUUCACUUCUCCAAUCACGACCACUGAGACCCCCUCACACAGUAUUCCCAGCUUCACUUCUUCGAUCACCACCACCGAGACCACCUCACACAGUAUUCCCAGCUUUACUUCUUUGAUCACCACUACAAAGACCACUUCAGACAGUACUCCCAGCUUCACUUCUUCGAUCAUCACCACUGAGACCACCUCACACAGUACAGUAAGCUACACUUCUUCAAUCACCACCACCGAGACCAACUCACACAGUACUCCCAGCUUCACUUCUUCAGCCCGCUACUCCACAGUCAGCACAUCCACAACUGCCAUCACCUCACAUUUUACUACCUCAGAGACUGGGGUGACUUCCACACCUGUAACCCCAGCUUCUCUGAGUACAGACAUCCCGACCACAACUGUACGAACUCUCACCCCCUCAUCUGUGGGAACCAGCACUUCAUUGACUACAACCACAGACCUUCCCUCUAUACCCACUGAUAUCGGUAGCUCAUCAACCCCAACACAUAUCAUUUCAUCUUCUCCCUCCAUCCAAAGUACAGAAACAUCAUCCCUUGUGGGCACAACCUCUCCCACCAUGUCCACUGUGAGAACGACCCUCAGAAGUACUGAGAACACCCCAAUCACUUCCUUUAGCACAAGUAUUGUUGUUACACCUGAAACCCCAACACAGACCCGUCCUGUACUGACGUCUGCCACCGGGACCCAAACAUCUCCUGUACCUACUACUGUCACCUUUGGAAGUACAGAUUCCUCCACAUCCACUCUUCACACUCUUACUCCAUCAACAGCCUUGAGCACGAUCAUGUCAACAUCACAGGUUCCCAUUCCUAGCACACAUUCCUCCACCCUUCAAACAAAUGCUUCUACUCCCUCAUUGCAAACUUCACUCACAUCUACAAGUGAGUUCUCUACAGAAUCUUUCACUAGGGGAAGUACAUCUACAAACGCAAUCUUGACUUCUUUUAGUACCAUCAUCUGGUCCUCAACACCCACUAUCAUCAUGUCCUCUUCUCUGUCUUCCACCAGCAUAACUCCAUUGUUCUCUACCACCACUCAUUCUGUUCCUUCUUCAGCAUACACUUUCAGUACAGAAAAUGUGGGCUCCUCUUCUAUCACAGCUUUUCCUACUCUCUCUUCCUCUGCAACCACCAGCACUUCUCCAACCAGCUCCUCUCUGACCACAGCUCUCACUGAAAUAACCCCCUUUUCUUAUAUUUCCCUUCCCUCCACCACGCCCUGUCCAGAAACUAUAACAAUUACCAUAGUCCCUGCCUCUCCCACUGAUCCGUGUGUUGAAAUGGAUUCCAGCACUGAAGCUACCUCUCCUCCCACCACCCCAUUAGCAGUGUUUCCCUUUAGUACCGAAAUGGUCACCUGUCCUAGCUCCAUCGGUAUGCAAACUACCCUUGCUACAUAUAUGGACACUUCUUCCAUGACACCAGAAAGUGAGUCCAGCAUCACAACGAUUGCUUCCAGUUCCACUGGCACUGGGACUGUACCCACAAACACGGUUUUCAUAAGUACUGAAAUGCCCAAGAGUGAGACCUGGUUGAGUACCAGCUCUGUGAUCCCCCCACAUCUUCCUGGCGUCCCUACCGUCCCGCUCACCACUACACCAAGCAGUAGCCUUCCGACCAUCCUGAGGACUUCAAGCAAGUCAGCACACUCCUCCCCAUCCACCACCAGGACUUCAGAGACACCAGUGGCCACUACCCAGACUCCUACCACCCUUACGUCGCGCAGGACAACUCCCACCACUUCUCAGAUGACCACACAGUCAAUGUUGACCACCACUGCAGGCACCUGUGACAAUGGUGGCACCUGGGAACAGGGCCAGUGUGCUUGCCGUCCGGGGUUCUCUGGGGACCGCUGUCAGUUCCAGACCAGCUGCGACAACGGGGGUCAGUGGGAUGGCCUCAAGUGCCAGUGCCCCAGCACCUUCUAUGGUUCCCAUUGUGAGUUUGCUGUGGAACAGGUGGAUCUAGAUGUAGUGGAGACUGAGGUGAGCAUGGAAGUGUCUGUCGAUCAGGAGUUCUCGCCGGACCUCAAUGACAACACUUCUCAGGCCUACAGGGAUUUCAACAAGACCUUCUGGAAUCAGAUGCAGAAGAUUUUUGCAGGCAUGCAGGGCCUCACCUUCAAGGGUGUGGAGAUCCUGUCCCUGAGGAAUGGCAGCAUCGUGGUGGACUACCUGGUCCUGCUGGAGCUGCCCUUCAGCCCCCAGCUGGAGAACCAGUACGAGCAGGCGAAGACGACGCUGAAGGAGGCGCUGCAGAAUGCCAGCCAGGAUGUGGACAGCUGCCAGGACUCUCAGACCAUGUGUUUUAAGCCUGACUCCAUCAAGGUGAACAACAACAGCAGGACAGAGCUGACUCCGGAAGCCAUCUGCCGCCGCGCCGCUCCCACGGGCUAUGAGGAGUUCUACUUCCCCUUGGUGGAGGCCACCCGGCUCCGCUGUGUCACCAAAUGCACGUCGGGCGUGGACAACGCCAUCGACUGUCACCAGGGCCAGUGCGUUCUGGAGAGGAGCGGUCCCGCCUGUCGCUGCUACUCCACCGACACGCACUGGUUCUCUGGCCCGCGCUGCGAGGUGGCGAUCCACUGGAGGGCGCUGGUCGGGGGCCUGACGGCGGGCGCCGCGCUGCUGCUGCUGCUGCUACUGGCGCUGGGCGUCUGGGCUGUGCGCUCUGGACGGUGGAGCUGCCAGCGCCUAGACCGGUCCUGGGCCCAGGACAGGAAAUGGUUCGAGACCUGGGAUGAGGAAAUCGUGGGCACUUUUUCAAACUGGGGUUUCGAGGACGACGGAACAGACAAGGAUGAAAAUUUCCAUGUGGCCUUGGAGAAGGUGGACACCACUAUGAAGGUGCACAUCAAGAGACCCGAGAUGACCUCGUCCUCAGUGUGAGCCCUGCGGGGCCCCAUCACCAUCCCGUCUGCCCUGCCCGGGACACAAGGGUCUGCACUGCGUCCAUUUCAAGGGGUGGCCCCAGGACGUGAGCAGCCCAGGCUCCUGCUGUUCUUGGGCAAAAUGAGACUGUUCCCCCAAAUCCCAUCCUUCUCUUUCCAACUUGGCUGAAACCCAUCAGGAGACGCACGCAGUUGAGGUGCAGGCUCUUCCACUGUGAAACCUUGGGCAAGUCAGUAACGAGUCUCAGCUUACUCACCUGCAAAGCAGGUACAGCAUUCCUGUAUAUCUCACACCAUUGUUGUGUAAACCACAUGGACUUGGUCAAUUCUCAGUCCUACUCUGCCCUCCCGUUUCAGCCCUCAUGUUGCCAUUGCCUCUCUCAGAUCCUCCAAUCCUCAUGUCCUUCACCUGGUCUCCGGCCCUGGUUCCUAUUUUCUCUCAAUUCCCUACUGCCUGUUUCUUACUUUGAAUCUGGAGGCGGCCUGCAGCCCAUCCCAUCUCCUGCCCUCUCCUGAUCUAACUCCCUGCUGUGUCUCUUGCUUUCAUUCCUUAGAUGGCCUCUCCUUCUGACUCUGUUCCUUCAUCCAUCCUGUCCCCAGUCCCCCAGCCCUAAAUCCUCCCUCCUCUCCUCACAUCCCGGUCCCUAGCAAGGUAUAGAUAGCCUCUGUGUCUUAGGAUACCCCAGCUGCUGUUCCCCCCAUCACCCCGUUGCCCAAUUCCCCGUUUCUCUUGCUCUCAUUCCUUGUAUCUUCUCCCCUUCUGAGCCCGUCCAUUAGUCGGUUCUGCCCCCCACUCCCCCUGCCCUAAAUAUCCCAGCUGCUGUUCCCCCCAUCACCCUGCUGCCCGAUUCUUUAUUCUCCACCCCUUUCUCUCACUCCUGGAGCCCCAAGGGUGGGGGCAGGGCAUGAGUUCCCCAGUCCCCAAGGAAAGGCAGCCCCCUCAGUCCCCCUCCUCCUCACUCCCUUUGAUCUUCCUCCCCUCUCACCUCACCACUGCCUUUUCCCAUCCCCUUCCUUUUCCUUCCUCCCUCCCUCUCUCCCUGGUGUCACCUCGAUUCCUGAUUCCUGCCGUAACUCUGAGUCCUGAAAUCCUCAAUCUCCUUGGCUGGGAAGAUCGGCCUUGGGGACAGGAAGUCGGCACAUCUCCAGGUCUCCAUGUGAACACAAUAUAGAGUUUAUUGUAAAAGAAGC